AUGGAGCUCACACAUCGAAAAAGUCAAACGAAUAAACAUGACGCAAACGAUCCACUAGUAACCAUAACUAAGUCGGCCACCACGAACGAAAAUCGAAAAAACUCCACGGAUACAAUGCCGACGGAAAAGGCCUCGACUCCUUCGUCCAUUUUCCAAAAAAUCUUUCUGGAUCAGAUCUCAUCGAAUACAUAUUUCUACACUCGAAUUCUGUUCAUUCGUCUGCUUGGUCUUGUAUAUACCUUUAGCUUUCUUGCAGCUUACCAUCAAACACCCUCUCUCAUCGGCUAUCAAGGUCUCUAUCCAGCACAUGUCUAUAUGAAACGAAUGAAAGAACGUUACAGUAUCUGGCAAUCGCCAUCGCUUUUCUACUUUCUACCAGCAAUGAACACAUCGGAUUUCUCAUUGCAUAUGGUGAAUGGACUAGGAACUUGCCUUGGAUUGUUUUUAUUAUUCACCGGGCGAUGUAAUUCAAUUAUUCUAUUCAUUCUUUGGUGUUUGCAUACCAGCUUACUUAACAUUGGACAAAUAUUUUACGGGUAUGGGUGGGAGACGCAAAUGCUUGAAACAACGUUUCUUGGAAUGUUUCUCGUUCCGUUUUCUAGUCUCUCGAAAAUAGAUAGGAAAAGUCCACCGAGCAUCUUGUUUAUCUUUUUAAUGAGAUUUCUCGUUGCGAGAAUUAUGCUUGGUGCUGGAUUGAUCAAAAUACGCGGGGACGGAUGCUGGAGAGAUCUAACAUGUAUGCAGUAUCAUUAUGAAACUCAACCUAUUCCUAAUCCGAUCUCUUACUAUCUUCAUCAAAGUCCUAUUGUGUUUCAUAAGUUCGAAGUGCUUGUUAAUCAUUUCAUCGAACUAAUUGCUCCGUUUUUGUGCUUUGGUCCGUGGCGUUCUGUUCGACAUAUUGGUGGCUCACUGCAGAUACUUUUUCAAAUUCUUCUGAUUAUCAGUGGAAAUCUCAGUGUGCUCAAUUGGAUUACAAUUGGACCAGCAUUAUGGUGUUUAGAUGACUCGUAUCCAUUAUAUAAAUACAUAUUUAGAUCCCGACAAAUCUUCAUCGAAACAACAAGGCUUAACAUUCGAGCACGAACGAGAUAUUUAAGAUCGGUCGUAACACUAAUCGUGUUUGGUUUAAUUCUUUAUUUAAGUAUUGAUCCAGUACUGAAUCUAUUUUCACGUUAUCAACGAAUGAAUUCCAGUUUUGAUCGAUUCAAUCUGGUGAAUACCUAUGGAGCAUUCGGUAGCGUGGGGAAAAUUCGCAACGAAGUAAUUAUCAGUGCUUGUAAUAGAACAUCGGUCGAACAAUGUAAUCACGAAAAUGCUUGGUUGGAAUACGAAUUCAGUUGUAAACCUGGAAGAGUUGACAAAGCACCUUGCUUUAGUGCACCUUAUCAUCGAAGAUUAACAUGGCAGUUAUGGUUUGCUGCAAUGCAACAAAUAGAGUAUAAUACAUGGUUAGUUCAUUUGAUGGCACAUCUGCUUUCGUCAGAUCAAUAUUCGCCAAUAAAUGUUGUUCUUUCGAAUGACGGAGGAAAUCCGUUUCCCGAUGCACCACCUCGAUUUAUCAAAGCUGAUUUAUAUCGAUACAAAUUCACUGAUCUUACUAGUGGUGACAAAAACUGGUGGAUACGUCGACACCUGCAACCAUAUUCGCCAAUCUUCGACUUGAAAAGUUCACAACUGAAGUCUCUUCUACGUCAUUGGGGGUGGAGUGUGCCAAAAGCCCCCAUGAGAGCAUAA